AUGUAUCAUCCAAGAGAGUUGUACCCCUCACUGGGGACCGGCUACCGUUUUGGCCCCCCCCAGCCAGUGGCUGAUUCCAGCUUCCCGCCUGCCCUGGCAGAGGGCUACCGCUAUCCUGAUUUGGACACUCCCAAACUGGAUUGCUUCCUCUCGGGUAUUGAGGCUGCUUCCCGCACCCUCGCUGCUCCCCCACCGCUGCACUCUCUGCCCCCAGCCCUGGGCACUGAGCAACCCCCCUCAGCCCCAGAGGCCCUUCAUUCACUCCCUGGAGUCAGCCUGAGCCUGGAGAACCAGGACCUGUGGAAAGAGUUUAAUUCCGUGGGAACAGAGAUGAUCAUCACCAAAGCUGGGAGACGUAUGUUCCCUGCUUGCCGAGUAUCAGUCACUGGCCUGGACCCCGAAGCCCGCUACCUGUUCCUUCUGGAUGUGGUGCCAGUGGAUGGAGCUCGCUAUCGUUGGCAGGGUCGGCGUUGGGAGCCCAGCGGCAAGGCAGAGCCCCGCUUGCCUGACCGUGUCUACAUUCACCCCGACUCCCCUGCCACUGGUGCUCACUGGAUGCGGCAGCCUGUGUCUUUUCAUCGUGUCAAGCUCACCAACAGCACACUGGACCCUCAUGGCCACCUGAUUUUACACUCCAUGCACAAGUAUCAGCCCCGCAUACACCUAGUGCGGGCUGCCCAGCUUUGCAGCCAACACUGGGGGGGUGUGGCCUCCUUCCGCUUCCCUGAGACCAUGUUCAUCUCUGUGACAGCUUACCAGAACCCCCGGAUCACCCAACUGAAGAUUGCAGCCAACCCCUUUGCCAAGGGUUUCCGGGAGAAUGGCAGAAACUGUAAGAGGGAACGAGACGCUCGUGUUAAGAGAAAACUGCGGGGCCCAGAGCCAGCAGCCGCAGAGGCCUAUGGGAGUGGAGAUGCACCUGGUGGUCCCUGUGAUUCCACACUGGGUGGAGAUAUUCGUGAGUCAGAUCCAGAGCAGGUUCCAGCAAUCAGGGAAGCCGCUCCAGCUCCUCCAUGUGGGAGCUCCAGUGCUGAGGCCUACCUUCUGCACCCUGCAGCUUUUCAUGGGGCCCCCAGUCACCUUCCAACCAGGAACCCCAGCUUUCCUCAGGCUCCAGACUCGGGAUGCCCAGCCCCCUACUCCGCUGCAUCCCUAGAGCUGCAGUCUGGGCCAGGAGGCUCAGGAUACCCAGCAGCUGCACACCCAGCACCCUUUGCAUCACAUUUCCUCCACGGGGGCCCCUUGCCCUUACCCUACCCUGGGCCCGGGCCCUACCUGGAUGUGGGCUCCAAGCCUAUGUACUGAGCCAUUGCUAGGCCCCUCUGCCUCCCUC